AUGAUUCAUCCUGUCGUAUUCUGCAGCAGAACCCGGCAGAGAACACUCCACAUUAAUUCUAUCCGCUGGACUGAUGAUAAUAUGGAUACGCACUUCCAUACCAAGCGUCCCGCUGCAAUUCCUGAAUCGGUAGUGUCCUCCGUGCUGAGAAAUCAACGGCUGUUGGGCGGGAGGGGAUUUGCUUUGAGAACGGUUUCCCACCCAGAACAGGGCAUAUCCGACGGACUGAUGUACCCAAUGUGUGUGCAGUUCCGGUUCCUCCGACUCCGGGUCCCACAGUAG